GACAUGUUUUUUCCCCUCCUCCAUAGUCCUCCUUGUUUCCCUCCAUCUCUGCUGAUCUGUCAGUGCUCGGACGUUGUGUUAAGGUGCAGACCCGAGUCCCGCUCUUGGGGAAAUUUAAGGAAAGUCAGACAAAAUAUACGUCUUUAAAGGACAGUAUACGACAAUUAAUAUCGAGACGACAGACAUUUUACCUCCUUUGUGCAGUUGCUUUGAAACUACAGUAAAAUGGAUCCAAUGACUCAGUCCGCCCAGAUAUCAUCGUCGCAAGGGAUUGCCGAUGGACAAAAUGCUGCUGCCAAAGAAUCAAAACCAUCCGAUUCCUUUCUUUCCUCUUCGCCUGUAUCUCUCAUUCAGUCUCCUCAAGACAAAAGAGUGGCCCUGGGCUCCGACAAGCCCUGCGAAGGUGUCGCGACAUCCCUUCGUUUUCCUUCUCAGCAUGGCUCAUUCACCCCGAGUAAUUACGGGAGUGAACCAGGGCCGCCAGAUGGACAACCAGACUCACCGAUAAAGACCUCUCCCGUUUCGGAGCGAAUAAAGGCACUUGAAGCUCUGGCUGCCAAAAAGAAGGAACCAGAUUUUAGAAGUGAUGGUGGUUUUUCUCACUUCAGAGACCGCAACCAUGAGAAACCUCCCACUGAGACCAACAAAUCUCCCUCAGAGGUGCACAAAUUCUCCACUGAGACCUCCAAAUUCUCCACUGAGACACCCAGAUCUCCCACUGAGACACCCAGAUCUCCCACUGAGACACCCAGAUCUCCCACUGAGACCAACAAAUCUCCCUCAGAGGUGCACAAAUUCUCCACUGAGACCUCCAAAUUCUUUACUGAAAAUCCAAACUUCUCAACUGAGACACCCAGAUCUCCCACUGAGACACCCAGAUCUCCCACUGAGACACCCAGAUCUCCCACUGAGACACCCAGAUCUCCCACUGAGACACCCAGAUCUCCCAAUGAGACACCCAGAUCUCCCACUGAGACACCCAGAUCUCCCACUGAGACACCCAGAUCUCCCACUGAGACACCCAGAUCUCCCAAUGAGACACCCAGAUCUCCCAAUGAGACACCCAGAUCUCCCACUGAGACACCCAGAUCUCCCACUGAGACACCCAGAUCUCCCACUGAGACACCCAGAUCUCCCAAUGAGACACCCAGAUCUCCCACUGAGACACCCAGAUCUCCCACUGAGACACCCAGAUCUCCCAAUGAGACACCCAGAUCUCCCACUGAGACACCCAGAUCUCCCACUGAGACCCAAAAAGCUCCAACUGAGGUGCACAAAUUCUCCACUAAGACCUCCACAUUUUUCACUGAAACACCAACAUUCUCCAGUGAGACCCCCAAAUCUCCCAAUGAGACCAACACAUCUUCCACUGGGACCCCAAAAUCACCAUUUGAGACCCCUCAAUUUCCCACUGAGACUUCAAAGCCUCUCACUGAAAGAACUACGCCAACUGUCCAGAAAAGAGGAGGAUCUACUGAUCAAGAGUCACCGGAAUCUCCCUUUGAAGUGCUUGGAGAUUUAAGACAAGUGAAUGAAUUUGAAGAAACAGAAGAGUGGAUGAAGUCUCAUUUACCUCCUGUGCCAGACUAUGCUGCUGUAGAUCUAACUAAAACCACCCUGACUUCAGACAGUGUGACGUCGAAGGCAAAGAAAGAAACUGACAUAGUUAUAGCCGAUGCUCCUGCUCCCUUUGCUGGAGUCCCUGAUGCGUUCAUGGAUUCUCCUGCUGAAGCUUCAAAGCUGAAGAAUGAUUCUAGUGAUGCACAGAAGCAGUCAUGUGUUGAGGAGGAGUCUGAAUUUGAUCUAAGCUAUUUGCCAACAGCCUACAUGUGGGAUCAACAGGAAAAAUCAGGUGCCCAGGCUCCAUCAAAACUUGAUUCAGGCCCAGUUCCACCUGCACCUCCUGCAGGCUUUGACUCCCAGUCUCCUCAUGUCCCUCCACCAGUUGGCAUGGAUGCUAAAAAUAAUGUUUUGGAUGACAAGAAGAACAUAUGGACCGGAGAUCUUGAGCGCCCAGAGGCAAGUGAAGCCGACAGCUCAGGAGAUUCAGACGACACAGUCAUUGAAGAUGGUGUCUCUGUUCCUGCUACUGUUCCUCCUUCAUCUUCUCCUCAAGCAGUUUCAAAUGAUCCUAGCCCUGCUGCAGCAGCCCCGAAUCUUCCCACUGAUGAAAAGGAGAUUCCACCAAAGUCGGAGAGGAAGCUAAUGCAGGUGCCAACAAUAAAUGUCAUAGAGACUGACGAGCCAAAUUACAGUGAUGAGGAGAUGGAAAUGGAAAUGGAGCUUGAAGUGGAAGAAGAUGAGGACUAUGAGGCUGUAAGAGAACAAGCUAGAGAGGCUCCAAAGACCCCAGAGCCAGAGGAUAGUAAACAUGAACCACCCAAAACACGGCCCUUAGAAACCGAAAUCAUGGAAGGCUACUCACCCCCGUCCUCACCUGUGGACUCUGAUGCUGAAUACUCUCCUAAACACAACAUAAUCAAACCUCUUCCUGAAACAGUACAUCAUGAGUCUGCAUCAAAACCUGAGGCCCAAACCAAUCAAGCUCAAACUGAAAAAUCACAGGCCACUUCCAAUAAAGAAAAUGAUGAAGACCCUUUCAAAGUCACAAAGGAAGAAGUGGACUUCCCAGACAAUGAUGAUGAGUGGUCAGAUGAACCACAAUAUAUCAUGGUCAAACCUUGCAAGACUGAUGUUGCUUUCAUAGAAACAUCCUACAACCAAUCCAAGGUGGAUGAAAAGAGCAACACUGCUGGAAAAGAGGCUCAUAUGGAAAUGGCUUCACUAUCUAAAACCAGCUUCAUGCAAGAUGAUAUAUAUGACCGACAAUCAUUUGAUUACGAUUAUGACGCAUCCUCUACCUUGGAUGAUAUUGAUGAAAAAGAGUUGAGUGCUAAAGAACGCUUUCUUUCGGAUCCUUCUCAAAUCAACAAUGAACCACUGAAUGCAAGCAGUCCAAUUCUGGAUAAUUUCACUUCAGUGAAUGAUGAUGAAGCCUUCCCCAAGCUAGUCGAUCAGCAAUGUCAAAGAGAAUAUCCCCAAGAUCCAUAUUCCUCUUUCCAAAGUGAGACACUUAGCAGGAUGAAUGAGCAGGAUUUCAAUAAAAAAAUGACCACUGACAUUGUUACAGAUAACAUAGAACAUAGCAACUGCCUCCCAGCACAGAAGAUUGGAUCAAAGCUCCAGCAGGACACUAAAGCAGGUCAACAGGCUCCUGAAAUGACAAGCAAUCCAGAAAGCAAUGACUCAGACAGCUCAGUUUCUGAGCCUACAGAUAGCUUUGUUGAGUUCAUGCGAGAGUGCCUGAAAUCAAGACAGGAUGAAGCACAACAGGACGACACGCCCAAAAAUGUACCUUCUGAGGACAAGUUCUGCAAAGCUGGUUUGCGUCCUAAUCAGUCCCCUCCGACCAUGGUGAUGGAUCUUGAACAAGAACAGCUAACUAUCACUGCUCUUAAGGAGCUGGGCAGCAGUCAAGAAGAGGAAGAGGAUGUGGCGUCUCUACAGUCAAAGGUUCCGGACCAUGGCAAAGCUAACCCCAAUGCUGCAUCUAUUCAGCAGUCUUCCUUUUCCGCCGUUCCUAAUCCUUCAUGUUCCCAAAGCAACAGUGUGUUUGACAGCACAUAUUCCAAAGAGGUAGAAGCCAUCGACGAAUGGGUGGCUGAAGCCUAUCAUCUUGCUGAGCAUGUCGUGACAGCAAUACUAACCCACUUAUCAGUGAAGGAUCUGAUCCACUGGCGAGACCCCAAGAAGUCGGGCGUGGCGUUCGGGCUGUCCCUGCUGAUGCUGCUGUCGCUGGCAGCCUUCAGCGUCAUCAGUGUGGCGUCCUACCUGCUCCUGGCCCUGCUCUGCGUCACCAUCACCUUCCGCAUCUACAAGUCUGUGGUGCAGGCCGUGCAGAAGUCCAGCGACGGACACCCCUUCAAAACACUGAUAGAUAAGGAUGUCAGCAUCCCCCCUGAGACCUUCCGCAAGCACGUGGACGCCAGUCUGUCCUACAUCAACCGAGCCCUGAAGCAGAUGAGCCGCCUCUUCCUGGUCGAGGACCUCGUGGACUCCCUAAAGCUGGCUGUGGUCAUGUGGCUGUUCACCUAUGUUGGAGCCGUCUUCAACGGAAUCACCAUCCUCAUCCUCGCUGACAUCCUCCUCUUCGCUGUGCCUCCCGUCUACGAGAAGAACAAGACCCAGAUUGAUCAGUACAUCGACCUGGUCCGCACUCAAGUCAACACCACGAUGGCCAAGUUGCAAGAGAAGCUUCCGGGAGCUGUGAAGCGCAGCAAAACUGAAUGAUCAACCCACCAAUUAGAAACCUCCAUGUCACCAUCAUCCUCAUUACCAACAUCAUCUUAGACCCCCCCUCCCUGUACCUCCCCCCAGUCUAACUCCUCCUCCAUCAACCAUCACCCCCUACUACACUGAACCUUGCUAGGUAGAAAAUAUCUCUGAGCUACUACUACUGAAUACUCUAUGCUAAACUACUGCGCAGCUUAAUUUGCAAGCAUUAAAAAGAACUGUGCCUGUGCAGACAGGAAGUGAUGUAGCGCCCGGCGGACCCCCCCGUUUGUGGGCAAUGUGGGCAGGGUCGAAUGAACUAGACUGAAUCUAUGACCUGGUUUUGUCGUGUACAGCGAGCAGGGGGAGGAUGAUGGCUGGACAUCACAAAAAAGCAAAUGUCUGUACUUUAAACCCCACACAUUUCCCUAAAGGUUAAUGGAUCAUUCAAGAAAGAAAAGUGAAGAAAAUUCAAAAACAUGAAAUAAACCAAUAUUUUGGGUGUAAUUGUGGCUAGUCGUAUCCUGCUCUCUUGCUCUACAGAUGUUAUGUGGAUAGAUAUGAGUUCAUUUAGAGGCUGGUAAUGGGUUAGCUGGUCGGCCUGUUAUAGAGUUAUUCACCUUACAGGCUCUUGUGUUUGUACGUUUCUGCAAUGCACUGAAUUUCUUUUUUUAACCCAUGAGCAGGUUGAAAUAAAAGGAUUGGAACACUGAGCCAGCUGUGAUAAUUUGGUCUAGUUCACCCUCUUGAUCAGAUGCAUUUCCUGAACAGUUUUCUGUACAUACACCUGAAGACAGGCUCUGCUGUAUGGAACACGUUAGCCUGGCUUUUUAUAUCAAAUAAAGUUCCCUCACUUACAGCAGUCCUAACUUCUUUUCUCGCACCGGUUAAAGCCACAGUGUCGAGGUCUCACAUUCGCUUCUAAAUUUGUAUUAAUCUUAUUACUAUUAUUAAUAUUGAUUAUAGGACGGCUGCUUUUGACUCUCUUGUAGCUUGACAACAGCAUUGUAGAGUUAUGUUAAGUGUCAUUGAGCUUCAUCAUUUUUAACUGGAGGUUUUUGUGAGGCCUCCAGAGAAAUGAUUCAUGAUUGUUGGAUAAGUUAAGAGACACCUCCGAUGUGUUGGCACACCCUUACAUCUCAAAAAAGCUUCUCCGAUAGCUGUUGGGGUUUUAAAUCUAUGGAGUACAAAGUGUGCCAUCAAAAUAUAUAUGGACUUUUACAGUGUUUCAUCAAAAGAUCCAAUAUAUAUCACUUCCUCCUGAGGUUUAAUGGCUGGGAGAUAAGUUUAAAACAUGUUUUGGUGAAGAAUAAGAACUUUCACACCUAAUUAAAUUAAAAAUAAAUUGAGCAAAUUGAUACCUUUUUCAAGUAUGACAUUUACAUUUAAAACUGGAUUUGUAAAAGCUUUUGGAAAUGUGUCAAUUCAUUAACGUUUUAUAAUUGAACUACUGCAAUUUUUUGGCACAAUUUACCCUCCGUACAAAAUCUUGCAGUGACCUGAGCGGACACUGAGAGCAGGGGUUUGUGAAACUAAAUGAUGGGGUGCAGUGUUGAAAUAAGAGUGUAGCUGGGAUUUAAGGACGCGGUUUGGGUUUGGCGUGAUUAUUAUAGAGCUGUUUGUCACUGUUUUUGUUUCUUUUGACUGCCAUGACGCGCAUGUCGUAGUGUAAGCUGGAAACAGAUUCUCACCCUUAUAUAGGCUGUAUCAUAUUCUUGACCCUGACUUUUGUUUAAUAUGAUUAUUACUUGUGACUGUUUCAAUGGUGUUUUUGAACUCAGUAAAAGCCAUAGUCAUGUUAGCACUACUGCUCUUCAUAUUGUUUUAAGGGAUGCAUAUAUAGAAGGAAAGGACCAGUAUGUUUGUGUUGCUGUCCAUUUCAUUACUCCCUAAAAUAGGUUUGCACGGAGUAAAUGUCCCCUGAAUACUGAAUAGUCAACAGCCUCUCAAUGCAGUAACAUCUACUGUGUCUGCCUGUGUACUGAAUGUUUUCUCUGGAACAUUCCCCCCCAGCAUGCCCUCCACUGUGCGUCGUCUCACUGUGAUCGCCUCACAGAUGUCUCCGUUGACCUCUUGUGCAUGCCGUCUCAUUUAGACUGGGCGUUGGAGCCAAAAUAUGCAAUGUUUCUGUUGGAGAUGCUAGCUGUUAGCCCCCCCCUUGGGCUUGGGCAGGUUACGGCCCUGGUGCUGUAAACUAGCCCAAAGCUCAGCUAAGCAGCAGCAUCUGUAAAGGUGCUGAAGAAGCAGACAGAAAGAGAUCAGGCCUGAGGACUGACACUAAUGAUGUUAAUAUGCAUCCUGUUAAUUUAUUUGAUGGUGUAGAAGUUGCAUAUUGUAGCUUUAAGUUGUUAUUUUCAUCCAAGAGCUAAAAGCUGCUGAAUUUGUAUUAGAUUGACUUUGAUUCAGUUUAUUUAAAGGAGCAGUAUAACCAAAUUACGAAAGAAUAAAUCACUGCAGGUCACCCAGAAUUCAGAGAACCAAGGUUACUCUUGUAUUCGCUAGUUUUUGUAUAUCUGACCCCCAUCUCAAUACCAUGAAAAUGAAGAUGUCCUUUGGGGACUAUUUCUCUGAAAGUUCCAAGAAAACUGUUCACAGUGAGCAGCAAAUGCUAUUAACGUACUGUGGUGGCAAAAAUCUCAAGGAUACUGAAUAAAUCUGAACUAUUUUGGUUAGGCUAUUCCUUUAAAUGUAGAAGCAGCUUCCUGUCAGUGUGACCCCAGAAGUAAGGCGCUAUGAGAGGUCAAGCUUUCCGUAUGCACCUUUAACUGUAGAACAGGAGACGCCAUGUUCCCUGUGUUAGCGCGCUACCAAGGCUAACAGAUCACUACUUUAAGACACAUAGUUGGCUUAUUUCUUUAGAGUGUAAUAUAUAACAUGAAUACAAGUUGUUCCCUAACAGCAUGUUGCUUUUCUCCUCUUCCUGUUUGUCCCUGUGUUUUCAUCAGGUAUGGGCGUGUGUGGCAGGAGUGUGUUUGACUUCUUUUGUCUCUGGAGAGUCUUGUUUUGCUUCUGACUCUAUACUGGUUUCUAGACGUUGUUCACUAACAUCAGCUUUGUUUUGUAUUAGCUAUGACUUUGGUUCCGAUUUUUUGAAGCUUUGGAAAAGAUGUUGCAGGAAUAAAAAGAAGAAAACUGUUUAAAAAAAUGUUUGUGGUCUCUGUACUGAUGUCAAAGUGAAAUGAAUAAAAACACGUCAAAGGAC